AUGUCAUGCCAUGCCAUGCCAUGUUUGUGUCCUGCUCUGCCCUGCCAUGCCAGAGGACAUCUCCUAUCCGAACCAGGGAUUGCCAAGCUUGAAUUCCAUCGCCUGUUCUGGUUCGUUAGUCCCGUACAGUACAGUCGGCCGCAUUUACGUUAUUUGAUAGAAUCUCUAAACAUCCAUCAUCAUGUGACCCGAAACUUUGUUACUGGAAAGUUUAUUGGAAAAAAGUUGUGGCGUUUUCUUUUCUAUAGAGUUAAGAGCGCAAAAGACACACUCUUCGAGUCUCGUUCUUUCCGGCCGCCGACUUUCCAAUGCCGUUCGUUCUCCUGUCCGACUCCUCCAACCCAACCCUCUCACUCCUUAUCCGCGAUUGCGAUUUCUCAAAACACACGUUCCAGAUGUAAUCACGUCUUUUGGUAUAUGGUCGGUAUUGGAUUGGCCAACGCACAACCGCACCCACUGCUAUCUACUAGAAAGAGGGGUAACGAGCCGUAA